AUGCCUGACGACGUUCCUUCUUCUAAACGCCAACGCGUCUCAAAAGCUUGUGACUCAUGUCGUCGCAAGAAAGUCAAGUGCGAUGGAAUUCAAUCAGUUUGCGGCAAUUGCAAAGCCUUUAAUUUGGAAUGUACAUACAAUGAUACAACAAAAAAAAGAGGGCCACCAAAAGGUUACAUAGAAGCAAUUGAAACUAGAUUACAUAAAAUGGAAUCACUGUUAGGCGGUUUAGUUCACAGUAAUGAUCCUAGAGCUGAAGCAGCAUUGGCUGAGUUGAUGCAAGACGAUUUGCAUUCAACUUCAUCUAAUAGAAGUAAUAAUAGCGGUGAUUUGAUUGACGAUUUAAACGAGGUCAUGGGAAUUCUUAGUAUAGAUGAGAAUAAUCAAAUUAGAUAUCAUGGAAGGAGUAGUGGUUUUUAUUUAUUAAAAAAAGGAAAUAGAUACAAGGAUGGAAUUUUAUCCAUUACCAGUAACAAUUGGAAACACCCUGGUCAAGUUAUUGCGUCGACAAAUAAUUUUGAUUUAUUAAAGAGACCUGAAUUAACCGAACUACCAUCUCAAGAAUUAUCCGAUCAUCUACUCGAACUUUAUUUCAACAAUGUACAUCCUUUGAUGGCCGUUAUCUAUAAACCAAGGUUUUUUGAUCAACUGAAACAAAAAGAGCAUCCACCGCUCCUACUAUUAAAUGCCAUAUACGCCUACGCUUCACAAUUUUCGGAUAGAAUUGAAGUUAGAAGUGAUCCUAACAAUCAUCAUACUGCUGGUGAUUUUUUUUUUGAACGUGCAAAAGCAUUACUUGACAACGAUUAUGAUAAUGCUCGAAUGACCACAAUUCAAGCAUUGAUAUUGUUAUCAUUAAGAGAAUAUGGCACAGGUAGAGUUACAAGAGCUUGGUUAUAUAGUGGUAUGGCGUGUCGUAUGUCACAAGAAUUAGGUAUACAUAGAAAUAAUGAAAAAUGGCAUCCAAUUGAUUUAAAAAGAGAAGAAAAAGAAGAGCAAAGACGUGUCUUUUGGGCUUGCUUUGUUCUUGAUCGCACAGCAAGUGCACACUUAGGAAGACCACUUGCAAUCGAUGAAAAGGAUGUAGAUGCAGCGUACCCUUCAGAAGAUGAAGAUGAUGAAAGUGAAUAUCUUCCAUUUAAAAUGGAGCAUGUUACAGUUUCAUCAACUUCAUCCCCAGUUUCGUCAAGUAGCAGUGCAUUAGGAUCACCAAUAAUAAAUGGUCCGCAAGAACCUAGAAUAAAGGCGCACACAGCCUCACGUUUUAUUUAUUUAAUCAAAUUAUGUGAAAUAUUAGGUCGUGUUAUGCAAAAUGUUUACGCCAUCAGGUGUAACCCUGUAUCAAUGACUUCCGAUACAGUCCUUUCCAUAUUAAAUUCAUCACUCAAUUCAUGGUAUUUAGCAUUACCAGAGCAUUUACAAUACACUCCAAAUUCAGAUCAAGCAAAACACCCAUCUACUCUUUGUUUACACAUUCUGUAUUACUCGGCAUUAAUGUUUCUUCACCGUCCAUACGCCUCUUUACACAAUUCAUCACAUGAAGUGUGCACUAAAGCUGCAACAGCAAUCACAGAAAUAGCCGUCGAUUUGUUAAAUAACAAUCAGCUAAAUCAAGCAGUAAAUGCUAUCGUAUAUUGUAUUUUUACUGCUGGUGUUAUCCACACAUAUAACGCUACCCAAGAUGAUUCAAAUAUUUCACGAUUUUCAAAAAUUCAACUUGCCCAUUCUUUGAAAUUAUUAGAAGAAUUCAAGAAAAGAUGGCAGACGGCUUUUAAAUAUUAUGAACUAUUAUUGGAUUUGGUGGAUUUAAAAGAGAUUCAAUUAGACCCAGAAUUAACUCGUGGUAAUUCGUCAUCAGAAAAUCAACAAAAACCUGUUGGAUUCACGGAUCGCGCAUGGCAAUCUCGUUAUCGUACAUUGUACAAUCAAUCUAAUUUAUCUAACGAAAUGCCUACAGAAUCGGCACAAAUGUUUAAUAAUCCAUUUUCAUUCAAAUAUAUUACUUCUAACACAACAAAUCCACGAGAUCAAAAACCUAUCGGAGUGACCGAUCCAUAUGGAGCACCGGGAAUGGUUUCUUCCUCUACAAAUAACACUGUUGCCACUACUACACCUAACGAUUUUCAAGCGUCAUUAAAUACUAAUACAUCAACACCAAAUCUUUGGGGACUUCCACACAAUGCAGAUUUAAAUGAAUGGUCCUCAUAUUUUGGUUCACAAGAAUCCCAACAUGGAAGUGGCGUCACAUACACACCUACUCUGCCAUCUCAACAGACACCAUUACAAAUUCAACAACAAGGAGGGGGAAGAGGAAGAAUUUCUAAUUUACCAUUACAACCGCAAAGACAAAUCUUAUUACACAAUGAUGGAAGCGAUGUUAAUAUGUAUGCAAAUACUCAACCAUUAAUCUCAAAUGCUAUGGGUGCAAAUAACAUCAAUAAUCAUAGAGGAGGACGUGAUAAUAAUUCGAAUGGAUUAGGUGGUGGCGGUAGGGGUAGGGGUGGUACUAUUAAUAACAAUAACCAUGGAGGCGGAAACGGUGUUGUCAAUUAUUAUUUUUUUUGGGUUUUUACAAAAUAG